AUGCUUCCUUGGAUAAUAUUUUCCAGUAUUUAUUGCAUAUAUUCACUCUGCUUCCUAUGUGUGACGCCCACAUCCGUUUCACCAAGUGCGUGUAAUUGUUACCUCACAGAAGACAAUCCAGAGAACGCCACAACAGCGGUACAUAUUUUAAAGUGCGAGCGUGGAUCAUCCAGUCAAAUUCCAUGUCAGAGGAUCAACGAUCUUAUCCGUAUUGGACCUGUAGAGGAUGGGAUUUCUGUGGCUUCCAUUCACGGUGGAUUAUCAGUUGCCAAUAAAUACACAAUUAAAAUUGCCCCAUGGGCAUUUGCUGAUCUAGUGGAAGAUGGAACAGUACAUCACCUACAACUAGAUCUACAUCUGCCGGAACACAAAGUGGAUGCAUUGAGUUUAGCUGGCUUGAAAAACCUGUACAGCUUGAUGGCUCGAACAAGUUUGGUCCGAUGGGAUAAAUGCAGUUUCAUGAGUGCGCCUACUUUGACGAAAAUCCUGAUGAGUUGCAAGUCAACAUUUGAAGAGUUUAUCACCUUCGGUUCUGAAGUCCGCGACGUUCGAUUCCUGGACUGUGAAGAUGUGCCGUUGCAAUUUUAUUGUAUAAGCUGUUUGCAGGACCCGAGUACGAAGGUCAUCCGAAUCCUACCUGGACCACCUUUGCGACAGUAUAUGGUCAAGUUUUCACAGUUCGGUACCCGGAAUGAUACAAAAGCAGUUUCAUCGAUGGAUAAUGUGAACCCACUAUCAAUCGGAAAGUGCAUUCAAAACGUGUGUUCGGAUGAAAUGCUUUGCCGUGAUAAUAUGCCUCUGAAACUAGCUAACGCUAAUAUUGGUAGGCCAGCCACCGUAGUGUUUCCCACAUCGGACUCUAUAUUCGACAGACAAGUUACCGAAUCCGAAGCUCCAGUUCAGACUAAUGCUUCCCCGGCCAUUCAGUCAACAGUACGAAAAGACGGCACUGCAAGCAAGGCGUCACCAAAACCAAGUCUUUCUUUUUGGAAAAAUCAUUUAAACGAACGAAAUCGUAUAUGGAUUACAAUUUCGAUUGUUGCUGUGAUUAUUUUGAUUUUGUUCACCAUGUGUGUUUUAAUCUCAAUGACUAGACAACGAAAUCGUAAACACAGAGUCAAAUUCACACCGGCUCAAGCAUGUCCUUCACAUUCAAACUGUAACGGCACAGUCAGUCCUACACAAGUGCUCAUGCUUACUAAGGAGACUAAAUCGGAGCAAACUGAACAGCCAGCCUGA